AUGUCGAAGAGUCUUGGAAAUGUGCUCAGUCCGUCAGCGGUGAUUGAACACUUCUCGGCCAGAAUGCAGAAUGCCAGUGACGCAGGCAGGACUUAUGAAGACAGCAAGCUGCGGCCGAUUGCUGCCGACUGUCUGCGCUACUGCCUCGUUCGCAGUGUCUGUCUCAACGAAGAUUUCACCUUCAACCUGGCUCAUGCCGAACGUACAGUCAAUGCGGAACUGGUUAAUCCUCUGGGUAAUUUGUUGUCCAGACGUCGCCAUUUUACCGUCCGGUUGGCGGCAGACGAGAAUUUCCAGGAACGGAAGUCGUCUUUUGUAGAUCUGACAAAAUCGGAUUCAGUCGCUCUUUGUAGUGGUUGA